AUGCGAAUCCGUGGCGGGCUCACUGGCCUCAUUUACGACCACACUCUGCACACUAGACGGGCAGACAUGGGCGACAUAACAGCAGUGUCUUUGAUGGGCAUUGAUGUCGAACGAAUUGCUUCCGGAUUACAAAUGUUGAAUGAGACUUGGAGCUCUUUACUAGAUGUAGCUAUUGGAUGCUGGCUUCUCGAGCGGCAGUUAUCUCUAGCAUGCCUAGCACCAGUCAUCCUCAUCAUGUUAUCCAUCGCCGCCACCUCCAAAGUCUCAGCAAACACAAGUUCGGCUCAGCGCGAAUGGAUUGAAAAGGUGCAAGAACAGCUCAAAGUCACGUCCGCCAUGCUGAGUGACAUCAAAGCGGUUAAAAUGCUGGGUAUUUCACCAGUCAUGUACACCAGUAUCCGGCGUCUACGCACAGAUGAGAUCAGGACCUCGGGAGUAUUUAGAAGGAUACUUGUCAUCACUAUGCUACUUUCUCUCUCGCCAAUCAAUCUUGCUCCAGUUGUGACUUUCCCUGUAUACGUCAUUAUUUCGAUGUACUGGAAGAAUGAGACGUUAUUGACCGCUCAGGCGUUUACGUCAAUAUCUCUCAUCACGCUACUUACCACGCCGGUUAUUACUUUUAUUCAGAGUAUGCCGCAAGUGGCGCUGUGUAUUGGCAGCUUUGACCGGAUCCAAGAGUACUGCAACUAUAGCAGUGAUCCAGACGGUUUGGAUGAGCCUCUGAGCGGUUCCGAAGUCCGACUUGGAGAAUUGGAUGCGUCUGUUGCGAACAGCAGUCUAGUACUACAGGGCAGCUAUGCCUGGGAUAAGACAAGCCCACCCUUUCUACAGGAUAUAGAUAUAAGCAUUCCACGAGAUACAAUCACUGCUGUUAUUGGCCCCGUCGGAAACGGAAAGUCAGCCUUUCUAAAUGCUCUCUUGGGCGAAAUGGUCGCCUCGCCACUAACCAGUAAAAGCACCAACGCACCCAUCCGCGAACCGAUCGCCUACUGCACCCAGGAGUCAUGGUGGUACAGGACCGUGAAAUGGGCAUGUGGUUUAGAUCUGGACGUCUCCUCGUUUGAUAAACGUGACGAGACUCGCGUGGGGAGUCAAGGGCUCAAUCUAAGCGGUAGACAGAAGCAAAGAAUUUCAUUCGCCCGGGCAGUCUAUUACAGGGCACGAAUAGUACUCCUUGACGAUACGUUCAGCGGUAUGGAUGCCACGACCGCCCUUCGAUUUUCAUCUCGACUACUUGGUCCGGGAGGAUUGUUGCAGAAAAACGGCUGUACGGUUAUUGUGGCAACUCAUAGCAUACAACUUGCCGAUCGUGUCAUCGCCCUUAAAGACGGCUGGGUCGUUGAAACGGGAGGAGUUGAUGACAUCAUACGCAGUGGUGCCUCUUCUGAUAUUUCGACAAGAGAACUGUCGCCUGGGGACACCGCUCAACAGACUCUUGAUGCAGUCGAUUCCAGCAGCCUGGCUGGCGAAUCAGCUGCAAAUCUUGAAGAUAGCGGUGAAAAUGAUUUGAGACGCAAACAUGGAGACUUGUCCAUAUACAAAUACUGCAUCACCAGCUCAGGCAUAUGGGUUAAGUGGUGGUCCGAAGCAAAUAGCCUGCAGCCUAAUAAAAACGUAGUCAUGUAUUUGGGAAUUUACUCAAUGCUUGGAGUAAUGGGCACGCUUGGGGCGACUUUGGCAGCGUGGACGACUAUUAUCUCCAUCAUCUCAAAUUCUGCAGAGUCUUUACAUUCGGAUAUGCUCCGCGUUAGCUUGAAAGCCACUCUGAAGUUUUUCUCGGCUACAGAUAACGGAGAUAUCUUAAACAGAGUCAGCCAAGACAUAGAACUGAUUGACAUUGAUCUGCCUUCGAAUUUGAUCAACUAUACAUCCACUGCGAUGGAGUGUCUCGCCAAAAUAAUCAUCAUAGCUGUCUCCUCCAAAUAUCUUGGCAUCGCUUUACCUUUCAUGGGUGUCACACUCUACUUCCUUCAGCGUUUCAACCUGUACACUUCUCGACAGAUUCAACUCUUCGGAGUUGAAGCUAAAGCUCCCCUCUACUCCUCUUUUACCGAAGUGGUCACAGGGGCGCCUACAAUUCGAGCAUUCGGUUGGCGGCGCGAAUAUAAGGAGCGUACCUUUGACAUGAUCGGUGCCUCGCUUCGGCCAGAAUAUAUGCUCAGCUGCGUACAAGCCUGCUUGGCUUUCGUAUUGAAAAUAUUGACUACAGUUCUUGCGGUUGCCUUGGUCUCUAUUUCAAUCACACUAAAGGAAAGCUUCAGUGAAGGAAGUGUAGGUGUCAGUCUCGUCAUGGUUGUAGGCUUUGGUGAGACCUUGGUUCGGCUUAUACAGAGCUGGACGAGACUUGAGUCCAGCAUAGGGGCUGUGUCCAGAGUGAGGCGCUUUGUAGAAGACACGGAAUCGGAGGAAGUUGGUUCAAUGCCAAUUUCCAAGCCACCGAGCUGGCCGCAAGCUGGCUCAGUGAACAGCAGCAAUUUUACUGCAACUUAUGAGGCCGGUUCUGCGCCAGUGAGUCGGAACAUUUCGCUUUCCAUUCAAACUGGCCACCAUGUGGCAAUCUGUGGUCGAUCUGGCAGCGAAACGAGCUCGCUGCUGUUGAGUUUUCUCAAAAUGGUCAACGUCACACAUGGUAGUAUUAGUAUCGACGGUGUGGACAUUUGCAAGUUGGCCAAUGAAGACCUCCACUCGUCGAUUAGUGUUGUCACUCAGGAAGCCUUCUUAACAACAGAUUCUCUACGCCAAAACGUAGAUCCGAUGAGUAUUGCGAGAGAUGGUGAAAUCACUGAGGCUUUGAGCCGUGUAGGAAUCUGGCCAACUGUGAGAGAUCACGGCGGCCUGGACCCAGCUCUGGAUCAUGCUUCAUGGUCUACAGGCCAGAAGCACUUACUCUUUUUCGCAAGAGCCAUUGUAAAGAACGUGGACUCGGUCACAGAGGUAGCGAUGCAAGAUAUUAUUAACACCGAAUUCGAGGCAUACACUGUGAUAUCAGUAGUGCAUCGACUCACCAAUGUUGCUGUGUAUGACAGGGUUGCGUUGUUGAAUAAUGGCUCACUGGGAGAGUAUGACGAACCUUCCAAACUUCUAGCUCGUCCUUCGAAGUUUGGAGACCUUCAUAAGAGCCACGAAGCGGCCAAUGAUGACGGCAGGCGUAUGUAA